AUGGAUAAUCAUGAUAUCCAAAUAAACUAUAAUUUUAACAACGAAUAUUGCAAAAAAUACAAGAGCCUAUGUGUUUUAGAUUCAAAUGAUCAAAUCAAGGAACUUCAAACCAUAUUACGGGACAAAAACACCUCCAGAAGUGACUUCAAAUUCUACUCCGAUCGGUUGAUUCGAUUAGUAAUCGAAGAUAGUUUGAAUCAGUUGCCAUUUACAGAUUGUAAGGUUGUCACACCGACGGGGGCAACUUAUGAUGGCCUCAAAUAUAAAUCCGGAAACUGUGGAGUUUCUAUUGUCCGAUCUGGGGAAUCCAUGGAACAAGGACUCAGGGAUUGUUGUCGGAGCAUUCGAAUCGGAAAAAUAUUGGUAGAGUCUGAUGCUGACACACAUGAAGCUAGAGUGGUUUAUGCAAGAUUUCCAGAAGAUAUUUCCCAGAGGCAUGUGUUGCUGAUGUAUCCAAUUAUGUCAACUGGAAAUACAGUCAGUAAAGCAGUUAAUGUACUGAAGGAACAUGGUGUUAGGGAAGAAUGUGUUAUCCUCAGCAACUUGUUUUGUACCCCUCAAGCAGUUCAGACAGUCUUAGAUUCAUAUCCAAAGAUGAAAAUUCUAACAUCUGAGGUACAUCCUGUUGCUCCAAAUCAUUUUGGCCAGAGAUAUUUUGGAACUGACUGAAUACUACAUUUUCAUCUCAUCAAUUAUUUCAAUACACUGCAUAUGUAUUUUAUUAAAUCAUCAAUGUUAUCAAAAACUAUGAAAAAUAUCAUUUUCACUUCAUGAAUAGUUGAUUAGAAAUUAUAUAGGAUCAUUCCUCUAUCUAUUAUUGUAUUACACACAUGAACAGAUAUAACAGAUAUAUUUGGUACAGCAUGUAUUUUAAGUUUUAACUGAAAUAUAAUUUAAUAAUGAGCUUUCUUCAGAGAAGAGGUUGUCUUUGUGGAAGGGUAAAAAAUAAACUAACCUGUGUAAACACUUUUUCUCUUUACUUACUACUUUUAAGCAUUAAAAAUUAUAUGAUACAAACAAAAAAGAAUGUAAAAUGAAAAAUAUCUACCCAUGUGGACCCUUGAAAGAUCUUGGCUAAUUGAUAACAAGAAAAAAAUUCUAUCUAAAAUUGAAAAUAUUUACAGAUGCUAAUAAUGUUCCUAAAUGUUUGCUACUUUAGUAUAACCUAAACUUUUAGUUUUCUAUUUUAUAACAAUAGGACUGUACAGAAUUAUUUUUUAUAUAUAAAUUUGUUUGAUACAAUCUUCUCAUGAAAGGCUAAAGCCCAUCAGAAUAAAAAUUUCAGCAAGUGUCCAUUUAAGAGGAUCUUUUUGGUAUGGGGUUCACAAACAAAUUGCACAUGUGAAUCAAAUUCAGAAGGUGAUAGGAAAAAGUUUUCUAAAUUUCAAAUUUAUAGAAGCCUAUAUAUUCUUGAUAAAGGUAUAUGAUCCUAUAGAUUGAAUAACCUAUUUCAUUUCGGUCCUAUUUCAAUAUUCUGUGAAGUACUAAGUACGGUUUAUACCUACUAUAAUAUUUGUACAUUAAUUCAAUACCAUUCAUGUGACCAAAGAAGAUUUCAUGAAAAUAAUUGCGUUUAAAAGUAUGUGCUGUAUCUUUGAGAAGAAUGUCACCAGACAUCAUCAAUCAUAUUCCAGAAUGAGAUAGUCAAACUAUUUAAAUAAUGGCAUCAUCUUCCAGCCCAGGUACAGGUGGUAGAUUAACCUCAUUUCUCGACCUCUUCACUGACGCUUGUACUUCUAUGGAUGGCCUCUUCUUGCUUUUGCCUUCCUG